CUUGUGUACUUAAAUACGACAAAAGAAUGACUAGGAGUCGGUAUAAUUGCACGUAUUCAUGGGAAUUAAUUAGGCAGAAGCGGCUUAGCCUAGUGUCUAUUCACGCCCUUAAACUCCGCUACUUGAGAUAUUUUCCAGAGAGACACGCAGUGCCGAACAACUCCCCAGGAACAUAUCCCGAUCAGUUGCAAGCAUGGAUCCUCCUGACUUUGUACCAACGGAUCAACAGAUCAGGGCUUUCAAGGACUGGAUUCAGUCGAAAGACUGCAAACCCCGUGCUUGGGACGCUCAAAGAUGGUUUCGGACCUCUCAACAGAUUGAGAAUGUGUCCGAAGACUCCCUCAACGAGAUUCUUCGCCCGCUUGUUGACGAAGCUAUUGAAGAUGCCAAUAAGGCUGUUGAAGAACGUAAUAAGGCAUUAUUAUAUCUCAAAGUUCCUGGGUUUGGACUCCCAUUGGGGCACAUGCCGCCCGAAAAAGAGCGUUUCCCCGUUCUAAUUGGAGUUCACGACUACGAUUGGAAAGCCGCAACACUUCUCAUUCGCGAAGUAUGUAUGCUCAAAUUUAUAGAAGAGGUGACAAACAAACCUCAGUGGUGGGAAAAAGUAUUCAAUCCCGAUAUCGCCAAUAAGUGGAAGCAAGAGGCUCUACAAAUGAACUGGGAAGAAUACCGCACGUACGCGGACUUCACACCUGCUAUGGCAGAUGCGUGCAUUGAUGAGCUACGGAACAAAGCGGACUUGUUCAAGAAGACAGGGCUCAUUCCCAUUUUCGACUACUCGUCCUGUGUCAUAAAAUCGGACACCCUUGUCCCUGAAAGCUUGCGGGAUGCCCUCCGCACAGCAGCUGCGGUACUUGAGAACGUCCCAGAUGAAGAAAAAGACUGGCAUCCGGGCAGUACCCAUAAAGUUCUCGAUCUUGUCCACCCAUCUCUAUGGCCAUUCAUAUACGGCCGCACUCCCGUAUUGCUCGAUAAGCGAAUCAAUCUUGAGAAUGCAUUGAACCACUGUGGUGUUGGCACGGUUCUUCCAGCACCAAAGCCAAUUGAGAUUGCUGGCCCAGGGAGCGACUGGUCAAGCCCCUUAGAGAACCCGGUCCCUUCUCUUUCAUAUAAGUAUCAGUGGCUUCCCUGUGAUGUUGUGCUAGAUGGUCAGACUGCGAAGAUUGACAGCUACAUAAACAACUUGCACCCAGUAGAACACGCGAAUUUGUACCCCAUUAUCGAACGCUUCAUCGAGAAAGCCCUGCCCGCUUGGGAUGUCAUCUACCGAUGGCCGACAGAAUUUGAGAUUCAACGCCUCAAAACAAGAGAAGCCCGAUCGAAAUGUACAACUAGCGAAAUUUGCAAUCAAAGGUAUGCGUGCGAGCCGUGGAACCGGCCGCUUGACGAGGGCGAGCCGCAACGCGAUGAAAACGAACCCUACACAGAAGAGUAUCGUUCUUCUGAACGAUUCAAGCGUGACAUGGCGUGGCUAGUCGAGACUCACAAGUUGGAUUUACCGGAACCAGAUUCUACAAGGGAUGAUUACUUUCGACUGAAACCAUCGGAUGUCAAAUCGAGCGGCUUCUUCAAUGGCGCAUCUCGUGUCCAAGUGAUCGUCAAGCUUGCCAAUGUCCACCUUACACCUGAGGAUCCAGAUUUCAAAUUUGAGGCAUCUCAAGAGCUUGCCGACUGGUAUACCUCUACUGCCAAUGCUAGCGGGAAUGAUCCGGACUUGGAUGGAUCUUCCUAUAAGCCGAGUUCUUCGGAGGAUUCUCCAUCUGACUCUGAUGCUUCAUCCAGCAAUGGUCGACCUUUGUCUCUGGACCUUCCUGACUAUCGUAGCAUAUACGUGGACAAUGAUCCUACCGAAUUCGAAGGCGGGUCGUGGCAUACUGAGGGCAUGUUGAAUGAGCGUAUAUGCGCAACUGCGCUUUUUUACUACGACUCGGAAAACAUUACUGAUUGCCAUUUGGAUUUCCGCACACCGGCUGAUCGCGAAGAAUUGGUUGUCAACCUCAAUUACGAUCAAAGCCAACAUUUUCCGAUCGAAAGAACAUUCGCCAUCCCAAACACUAACCGUGAUACGUUGCAGUAUGUUGGCGGUGUUUUGACUACAAACAGUCCCUCCACCGGAGACGCCGAUACUCGUGCCGUUUUCUUUCCAAAUCUCCUUCAACACCGUGUAUCGCCGUUCCGUCUUGGGGACCCAACGCGGCCAGGCCAUCGCAAAAUACUUGCUCUUUUCUUGGUUGAUCCAGCCAUUCCGGUUCUUUCCACAGCCAAUGUGCCACCUCAACAGCGUCACUGGUGGGCUAAGGAAACCCGCGUUGAGGAGGCUCUAGCCGCUCGACUGCCCAACGAGCUGACGCAACUCAUUCUUGAUGAUGCAACUGGCUUGCCUUUUGACUUGGAGGAAGCGAAGAGCAUUCGCCUUGAUCUAAUGGACGAGAGAUCAAUGAAACAGGACAGUACGGAAGAGCAGCUCCAUAUAGCGAAUUGGAACUUCUGCGAGCAUUGAGAGUAGUGAAAUGGCCUUUGAUGGAUCAUUCUGGCUGUGCUCUGUAUUAUUAGUGAUUACAAACAGAAUGUGAAAGCUGGUGAGCUUUUAGCCAUCAGUGACAUUUCCUUUUCCCCGAAUUCUUCGGUUACGACGUUGGCGCUCCAGAACGUCUUGGUAAAAUGGCGACACUCAUUUGGCAUGUACACGGAACACCAAAGAUGCCAAUUUUUUACUUGAAAAAAAUAAUAAUCGCGCU